UUAGAAGCCGUGCGCAUUAACUUCCCAUUCCGCACCAUUGGAUCAACAUGCUGUUUGUGUUUAACUUACACACCCCUCCUCUCUCCCUCCAGGACUUCUACACUAAACCCCAGCAUCCAGGCUCACAACGAAACGUGCUACUACCUAGGAACUGCCACUGAAAUCGCUCUCCUCCACGCCAGCUCCCCCAGCCUCUCCUCCACAGCUGCCUGGACGGACUGAGAGAUCAUCAGCCGGCAGCUCUCCAUCAGCACUGGCUGUGAAUUAAUCACCUUGCCUUCAAUGAAUCUUUAAGGUCCUCCACUUGGUGCAGUGAGGAGCUGCAGGGUUUUUUCCCCAUCCUCAGGCCGAGGAGGACAGCCCUUGGAUCUGUGCAGGCUUCUUAGGAAGAUCUUCUGUGGAAUUCGGUGGGACCCGUGUCCUGAAGAGACCUGAACGCCUUCCCUGAAGACACCCCAACAAGAUGUCCUCAUGUGUGAGCCAGAGGGACCCGCGGACACUGGUGUGAUUCGGGUUGUCAGGGGCGAAUCUCGGGGAAUGGAGAGUUCGAUGUGAUGAUGACAGGUGGAGAGAGUAUAUUUCAGCACCACUGGCUGGCGGACAGCGCUCAGCUCCACUAGGGACCGUCCUUACCCCACUGUCUAUUUCCUGCUCUGGAGAUGCCCAGCACAUCUCUGCCUCAAUGCAAAGUGUGGACAGCCUCAGCUACUUACCCACUGGACUAAAACCAGGACUUCAAUGAGGACGUCGCUCAUGAACUGAUCUCGAGGACACUUGGGGAAAUGCAAGAUUCAAAGCCGGCAAACUUGAAGAAACAUGCAAACUGCUCAUAAUGGGUUAUCAUUGGCAAAAUUUUAUUCCUGGACUCGGACAUUGAUCUGAAACCGUUUAUUGAUUGUAAAAUCACAGCAAACCAAUAAUCUACAAACCAAGGCAUUCAUACCUGCACACGGAAUUAUAGCCGACAAAAAGAAAUAGGACUAACAUCUGAAUAUAAAGCUGCUUACAGAGGUACAGAAAUUGACACUUAUGUUCACUCGCCAGUAAGGAAGGAAAAUUAAUCUUGAUCGAACAGAACUGAACAUCACGACAGGAUGCGUUAGAACAUAUGUAGAGAGGCUCCUGGCUCAUAAUUGAACAGAAAUUGAAUAAAGAGAUGAACAUGAAGCAAACUCGAUGAGAUUUAAGAAAUGUUGUGCAAAAGAUACAGAGCAUGCAGCAGGAAAGAGAGUUACAUUGUCAUCUUUGAAGGCUUGUAUAUUGACGCUUGGAGUUUGUAAUGACUACUGAUUCGGUCUCUAACCUGCACAAAGAAUUGGCUUCCUGCUCUACUGCUGGAUAGAAGAAUUUGCUAAUCAUCAAAAGUCUUCCGGUGGAAAAGACUUCUAAUCAGCACUCUAUGUUUCAAGCACUUUUUCAUGUACAGAUGUGGAGAAUGGUAAAGAAAAGAGUUACCUCCAUUAUAUAAUACAUUUUUUUUACCAGAAGACUAAGGUCCACCAAGCAGUCUUGCCCCCAGGGUUUCUUUCUCUAUGGCUGGUCAUCAAGGUAUAGUGAUGCCUGCCCUAUGUUUAUGGGUGUUUGUUUUCUCAGCCCUCUUUUACGCAAGCAAAGUACGGGCGGACUGCUGGUUGAUUGAAGGAGACAAGGGAUUUGUAUGGCUUGCAAUUUGCAGCCAAAACCAGCCGCCCUAUGAAUCCAUACCACAGCACAUUAACAGUACCAUUGUGGACUUGCGGCUCAAUGACAAUAAAAUUAAAAGUGUGCAUUACGCAUCACUCAGCCGCUUUGGCAACCUGACGUACCUCAACCUCACGAAGAAUGAGGUGUCCUACAUUGAAGAUGGAGCUUUUGCUGGUCAGUUUAAUUUGCAGGUCCUUCAGCUAGGUUACAACAGAUUAAGAAAUCUUACUGAGGGAAUUCUAAGAGGACUGGGUAAGUUGGAGUACCUCUACCUCCAAGCGAACCUUAUUGAAACUGUGACUCCUAAUGCCUUUUGGGAGUGCCCAAAUAUUAUGAACAUUGAUUUGUCCAUGAACCGCAUCCAGAGGCUGGACAGCAACACAUUUGUGAAUCUCAACAAGCUGACUGUAUGUGAGUUGUACAGUAACCCUUUUUAUUGCUCAUGUGAGCUUCUGGGCUUCCUGAAGUGGUUGGACGUAUUUACUAACAUGACACGCACCUUUGACCGCAUGCAGUGCGAUUCUCCGCCGGACUACGCUGGUUACUAUUUGCUGGGCCAGGGUCGAUCAAACUAUAGAAAUGCUCUUGGCAUGUUGUCCUCUCUCUGCACAGAUGGCUCAUAUACAAUGAUGCCACACCUUAUGUCUCCGAGAUAUCAAGCAACAACUGCUCCUCCUGAAAUGCCAUGUUCUGAAGAGGAUUGCUUUUCUGGAGAUGGAACUACACCCUUGAUUAAUGUAUACACCCCACCUGCCAACUCCAAGGUCAGCCUCAGCGUCAACUUAAAUACAGAAACGCACACAGACGCAACUCUUGUGGCAGAAAUACCUUACCCAUUUAGCAAGAUGUACAUCUUGGUCCAGUACAACAACAGUUUCUUUACUGACAUUCGGAACCUGAAGACAGAGAAAGAGUUUAUUAAACUGGAUGGUUUGAAAGCCAAUACAAACUACACUUAUUGCGUGGCCUCCAUUCGUAACUCUCUCAGGUUCAACCACACCUGUAUAGCCUUUUACACACGCAGCCAUACCAAAACAGAACCUGUGCCUACUCCAUCCACUGCCACUCACUACAUCAUGACUAUACUUGGCUGUUUGUUUGGUAUGGUUAUCAUUCUGGGUAUUGUUUAUUACUGCCUGCGCAAAAGAAGACAGAAGGAAAAAAAGCACAAAAAGGCAGGAAGUAAUAUGAAAAAAACUAUUAUUGAACUCAAAUAUGGGCCUGAGAUGGAGACGCCCAGCAUCACUCAGCUGUCUCAAGGGCAGAUGAUGAGUGCCGAGACAAUAUCUCGCAUUCCUUACUUGCCUUCAGUGGGAGAAGUAGAGCAGUACAAAUUAAUAGAGACAAGUGAAACGCCGAAAACCACCAAGGGAAACUACAUGGAGGUGCGGACAGGUGAACAGUCUGAGCGAAGGGAUUGCGAACUCUCCAUGCCUCCGGACUCUCAGAGUUCUGUGGCUGAGAUUUCCACCAUUGCUAAAGAGGUGGACAAAGUUAAUCAGAUAAUUAAUAAUUGCAUAGAUGCACUGAAAUCGGAGUCCACCUCUUUCCAAGGGGUGAAGUCAGGAGCUGUAUCUACAGCGGAACCCCAGUUAGUACUGAUUUCAGAACAGAUUCCAAGCAAGCAUGGAUUUCUUUCACCAGUUUAUAAGGAAAGCUACUCCCACCCUUUGCAGAGGCAUCACAGCAUGGAGGGCCCUCAGAAACGCUCCAGCACUUCUUCCAGUGGCUCUAUCCGCAGUCCCCGAUCAUUUCGCUCUGAGGGGUCAGCACACAAGUCUGAAGCAAAGUACAUUGAGAAGACAUCCCCUACGGCUGACACCAUCCUCACUGUGACUCCAGCUGCUGCUAUCUUGAGAGCAGAAGCAGAAAAGAUCCGUCAGUACACAGAACACCGACAUUCCUACCCUGGCUCACACCAGGGUGAGCAGCAGCAACAGCAGCAGCAACAACAGCAACCUCCGCAACACGACAACAUGGGAGGGCGCAAGACUUCAAUACUGGAACCUUUAACCCGUUCUCGGCCAAGGGAACUAGCCUACUCCCAACUUUCGCCUCACUAUCACAACCUGAGCUACACUUCCAGCCCAGAAUACACGUGCAAACCCUCCCACAGCAUCUGGGAGCGUUUCAAACUGCAUCGCAAGCGCCACAAAGAGGAAGAAUACAUGGCUGCGGGCCAUGCCCUGCGCAAAAAGGUCCAGUUUGCCAAAGAUGAGGAUCUCCAUGACAUCCUAGACUACUGGAAGGGUGUCUCUGCCCAGCACAAGUCCUGAGUUCUCACCUCAACUUUUUGCCUCCAGCUACUCGUGACUUAACUUUCUUUCAUAACCCUUAACCCUGUGUCAGCCAGAGAGACCAGCAGAGCAUUGUGGGUAUGCAACACUCUGCAGGUCUCUUUAGCAGAAAAGAGGUUAACAGGACCAAAAUCAAACUAGCAGCAGCUAAUUUUUACUCAAAACUGUCUACAAGAAUGAACAUUUAAAAAAAUAUAUAAGAUAAUUAUAUAUCAUAUAGAAAAAUAAAAUUGCUUAAAAAAAUCUCACAUUUGUGAGUAUAUGCACCAAAUCAGAAAACGAAAAAAACAAAAAACGUACUACUAAAAAAAUAUAAUUAUACGCUUAAACUGUGAAGAGGAGUUAAUUUUUUUAACAAAAGAAGAGAAAAAAAAUGAAAGAUAAAAACAAAUAAAGAAUUGAGACAAAAGAGCGUGAGAAUUUGGGAGUGGUCUGAACUUUGCAUUAUCGCAUGUUUUUUUUCAUAAUCUGACUAGUGUGGUUUGACUUGUGUGAUCUUUCGUUACUUCCCUCCAUCACCGCAGGACGACAAAAAAAAAAAAACACAAAAAAGACUGGAAUAGACAGUAAUCUGUUUUGUUCUGUUUAUUUGUAUUUCAACUGAGUCUUCCAAUGCAGACUUUGCCUAUAGGGAGGCUUCCAUAAAUCUCGUUCAGCUGCAUUCAAAACUGUGAUCACUAUUACACUGUACAGAUACAAAUUUCUAUAUUUGCAAUGUUUGCUGUAAAGAGAGACAGAAAACAAACGAGAGAAAUACAAAUAUAUAUACUUAUAUUUUAACUUUUUGUAAGCCUGUGAUACUUUCAAGGCGAAGUGUUGAAAGUCUUGCCGGCUUACGGUGGGUCAAAAUAUAUAUUAUACACCUUGUUUGUAUGAGGUUUUAAUCAUGAGUUUUAGAAUUAAACACAAAAAAAAAGUUGUUUUUUUAUUAUUUCACUUUAUUUUGUUUAAAAAAAAAAAAACAAGAAAGAAUUGCUCUUUGUUUUCUGGGCUGGUUUUAGUUAUUUCUUCGUGGGAUGAUUGUCUUGAAGAUCUGAAUGAGGUCAACUGAGAAAUCGGAAAAAAAACACAAAAAAUUGUGGAAUC